AUGCUUUCCUCAGCACGGAGCAAAGGGCUCGAGAGGGCAAUCGCCUCAGCUCCUUCUGCCUCUUUACCAGCAUUCCUCCUCCCGGCCUUCCCAAUCGCUUCCUCACGCUCUUUCUCUUCCUCUCCUUCUCGCGCGUCGCAAAUCGGGAGAGCACCUCUGUCGAUACCUCCAGGUGUAGACUUCAAUGUCCUACCUCCACCUGCACGGAAGAAUGGGUACUUUUCGCCAGUAGCCGCGAAGUCGACGGUGCAGAUUACGGGGCCUUUGGGCAAGAUGUCGAUGACUAUCGCGCCGUUCAUAAAGCUGGAGCAUGAUGCUGCUACGCGGAAGGCAUUUGUUACAGUUGAAGAUAAGGAGAUUAAGAAGCAGAGGGAGAUGUGGGGUACAACUCGCGCAUAUCUACAAAACCACAUCCUUGGCGUAUCAGAAGGCCACACGGCAAUUCUUAGACUAGUAGGGGUUGGGUACAGGGCCACGGUUGAAAACACUGCCACCACGGUGCCUUCAGAAUUCGAAGGCCAGCAAUUCGUUUCGUUGAAGGUUGGGUAUUCGCAUCCGAUUGAGCUACCUGUACCGAAAGGAGUCAAGGCUUCUGUUCCGCAGCCGACGAGAAUAUUGCUAGAGGGUGUGGAGAAAGAAGUGAUUCUGCAGUUUGCGGCCAAAAUACGAAUGUGGAGAAAGCCGGAGCCAUAUAAGGGGAAGGGGAUCUUUGUAAAUGGGGAGACGAUCAAGUUGAAGGCUAAGAAGAUCAAAUAG